GAGGAGAGGAGAGGAGAUGAGAUGAGAAGAAAAGAAAAUAAUAAAAAGAAAACUAAGAGAGAGAGAGAGAGAGAGCAUUGAGUAUAGAGGGGAGAGAGGAAGGCUGUCUCGUGAAGCAGCAGGUGAAGAGAAGAAAAGAAAAUAAAAGUUCUUUCUUUUCUUCCUUCCCUUCUCUCUCUAGAGCUCGGUGGUCUCUGAAAAUCCCUCGCCGCUCUCUCUCUCUCUCUCUCUCUAAAAUCUUCGGCUCUCUCCCAUUCUCCAAGUUUUCUAACACUCACAUUCAUUCUUUGCUUCCUCCUUUUAAAUCACGAGAUCCCCAUCUCUGUCUCUCUUUCUUUCUUUCUUUCUUUCCUUCUUUUUUUCUUUUUUUUUUCUCUCUCUCUCAUCCUCUAUCUAUCUCUGGAUCUUCAUGUCUUCUUCAAAGGGUUUCUGCAGUGGCUGCUCUCUCUGCUCUCUCAGUUGGUGGUCUUUCAAUUUCAUCGAUAGACAUUGUUGAGAGAGUGGGGAGUGAGAAUUGCGAGACAUUGAAAAGAUUUAGAGAGAGAAAGCCUGAAGUCCCCUCCCCAAAAGCCCCUCCGCGCACAAAAAAGAAAACCCUUCGCUGAGAAAAAUGUCGCAUUCUGGGAAACCGAUUUCGGAGCUAGGGUUUGAGUCUCUGUCGGAUCGGUUUCGCGAUUCAGUGAGCUGCGAUGCCAACAAGCCCGAUUUUAAAGAGCUUGAUCUGGGUUCGCCCGUCUCCCCUCUGCGAACUCGUCAGCUUGGCUCCUCCGCCACCGCCACCACCACCACCACCACGACCAGCAGUAGCUCGAGCUCUUCCGGAUCGGUUUCGGGUCGAAAUGUGACUAACCCACCUCCCAAAAGAUCCGAAAACAGCGGCAACAGCCACUCCGGUGAGCUUUCAGUGUCGAGUGAAAGCAGCCCAACAGCCGCCGAGACUUUCCGGUCCGGCGGAGCAACCAAGAACUUCAGGCCGGGACACAGGAGAUCCGAUUCGGGGCCGUUAAUCUAUUCCGGCGGUAGCGGUGGCGGUAGCGGCGGCGGAAGCUCAGCCAGUUCUCCGCUGAUGAACGUUCUUCCUACCGGGAACAUAUGCCCGUCCGGGCGAAUUCUGAAGACGGGCAUGGCUGCGGCGAACCGGAGCUCUGCGAGGAGUGAUGUUCUCGGGUCGGGCACAGGUAAUUACGGCCAUGGAAGCAUAAUGCGAGGCGGCAUUGGCGGAAAAUUGGGCGGAGGGGAGGCGAGUAAUGUGAGUUGGAGGGGAAAUUCACAUGUUGGAGGGGAAGCGCCGAAGAGGGGAAUGACGAUGGCAAGUUUGGAUGCAGAGGAGGUGAAGAAGGCAGGGAAUGAACAGUACAAGAAGGGCCUUUUUUGCGAAGCAUUGAGUUUGUACGAUCGGGCUAUUAUGUUAUCGCCGGCCAAUGCAGCCUUCCGGAGCAAUAGAGCGGCGGCAUUGACAGGGCUUGGCCGGCUGCAGGAGGCGGUGAGGGAAUGUGAGGAGGCAAUUAGGUUGGAUCCAGGGUACGGGAGGGCUCAUCAGCGAUUAGCUUCUCUUCUCAUUCGGUUAGGGCAGGUUGAGAGUGCGCGGAGGCACCUUUGUGUUCCAGGGCAGCAGCCAGAUCAAGCUGAGUUGCACAAGUUACAUAUGGUAGAGAAGUUUCUAAGUAGAUGUUCUGAUGCACGAAAGGUUGGUGAUUGGAGAGUUGCAUUGAGGGAAGCUGACGCUGCCUUUGUUGCUGGAGCUGAUUCUUCUCCUCAGCUUUCUGCAUGUAGAGCAGAAGCGCUUUUAAAACUUCACCAGCUUGACGAUGCCGAUUCCAGCUUAUCGAGCAUUUCUAAAUUUGAACCAUCUACCCAAUCCUGCUCGCAAACCAAGUUCUGUGGGAUGCUUUGUGAAGCGUACCUCUUCUUUGUCCAAGCUCAAAUUGAGAUGGCACUAGGAAGGUUUGAGAAUGCAGUUACAGCUUCUGAGAAAGCAGGGCAGAUUGAUCCUCGAAAUGUUGAAGUUUCAGUUCUAGUCAACAAUGUGAGGUUGGUGGCAAGAGCUCGUGCCCGUGGUAAUGAUCUCUUCAAAUCUGAAAGGUUCACUGAAGCUUGCUCUGCAUAUGGGGAUGGCCUCAGGCUUAAUCCCUCCAACUCUGUCCUCUAUUGCAACAGAGCAGCUUGUUGGUACAAGCUUGGGAUGUGGGAGAGAUCCAUUGAGGACUGCAAUCAAGCUUUGCAAAUCCAAUCUAAUUACACCAAGGCCCUUCUUAGAAGGGCUGCCUCAAACAGUAAGCUUGAACGGUGGGUUGAAGCUGUGAGGGAUUAUGAGGUUUUGAGGAGGGAGCUUCCAGGUGACAAUGAAGUUGCUGAAAAUCUAUUCCAUGCGCAAGUAGCAUUGAAGAAAUCCCGUGGAGAAGAAGUUUAUAAUAUGAAAUUUGGCGGGGAAGUAGAGGAAGUGUCGGGGCUAGAACAGUUCAGAGCUGCAAUAUCUUCACCUGGUGUCUCAGUGGUCCAUUUCAAAGCUGCAUCCAACACACAAUGUGAGCAGAUAUCACCUUUCGUGGAUACGCUGUGUGGUCGAUACCCGUCUUUAAAUUUUCUCAAGGUGGAUGUUAAAGAGAGCCCAGCAGUUGCAAACAGCGAGAGCGUAAGGAUUGUGCCAACAUUCAAGAUUUACAAAAAUGGUGUCCGGGUGAAGGAAAUUAUCUGCCCGAGCCAUCAGGUGUUGGAGUACUCGGUGAGGCACUACAGUUUUUAGGCCUCAUGACUGUACUGUACUGUACUGUAUGUCUGUUUCUAUGCUCUACCCCUACCAUUUUUUGGUGCCUUCUUCUUGCUGCCCAGCUCUUUGAACCCAAACUCCUUCCACAGCUCGUUCUAGCUUUCCCCCCCCCCCCCCCCCCCCCCCACCAUGAAAGGAUUACCAGUUACCUGUGACAUAAUCAGAGCUACAUAAUAAUCUCAGUAGGAGCCAAUUAUGCCUGAGGAGCUUAGAGAGAGAUAGUUUAGUUCCCCUUUUGCAGUUUUUAUUUAUUCAUUCAUUCCUCAUUACUCUCUGGUUCCAUUCACCUUCCAUCCCCGUCUCAUUUUUUUUUGGUUUCCCUUUUUUUCAUUUUCACGUAGGACAGGCAAGCUGGUUUAUUGUAUUCUCCCUCCCCCCCAUUCAGUGAAGAAAUUUCAGAAACAAUGUACAAUUAAUUAAAGUGGCUCUUUAGCAGAGAGAGAGAGAGAGAGAGAGGAAGAGCUUAGGGGGAGGAUGGUAGUAGAGGGGAUUAUGUACAUGUCUAUAUGUGAUGAUAUAUACAAAGGAAAGGAAAAGAAAAAAACAAUUGGAAGCCAUGAUGAGAGGGAGAAUGGCUGUCUGGUGGGUUUAAACUGGGUUAGUGAAAGAAGGGUGGAUAUCAUGAUGUUAUUAAUAUUGUUGUUUCUCUGCUCAACAUUUCAUUAAUAAAAAUUCUUUUCUUUUUUCUUUUUUUCAUCAAA